AUGCAAAAUAAAUAAACAAACCAAAUCAAGUAAGAAUUUAGAACAAGUAAUUGGAUAGUGGAACAUUCUUGGGUUCAAAAACAUGAAGUUUUGAUUGAUCCUCCUUUGAUUAAUUGGAAAUAGUCAAUUAUGGAUAAUUUUGAAUUGUUCUUAAUACUAAUUUUUGUGGUGUAUUGUGUGACAUUUUUUUUUAUGUAUUAGAUUUUUAGUAAAAAAUCGAAUAAAACAACCAUGCACGUUAGAAAAGAGAGUGCAACUAGUGAUGAAUUACUAAGGUAAUAUUUGUAUAUUUAAGGAUUAGUUCGAUUGGUCGAAGUAGUGAUUAAUGUGAAAAGUUAAAAAAGGAAUAAACAUCAAGUACAGAAUCAUCACCUAGAAUUAUAUAAAAUAAACCUGAAUAUAAUAUUGUUGCUUUACCUAAUUAAGAAAUAUAGUUUUUUGAACAUAAGUUUUCAGAAUAAAGAGAACAAAUUGUUGAAUUAGAAAGAAAUAAGGAGGAGAAUAUAAUAACAUUUACAAAAAAAGAGAUAAAAAAAAUAAAAGCAAAUGAUGAGGAAUUAUAAUUAGUAACUGGCUAAUUUGUAGAUUUAAAUUAAAAUAAUGCAAAAGGUGUACAUAUGAUAGAAUAGGAUAAAGGAGACGGGAAACCAGAUAGAACAAUUUUUAUAUUAACAGAAUGGAGUAAGUUAUGUGAAAAUGGAAAGUUUCAGAAAAUGUAUACUGCACCUAAACUAAUAGGGAAAGGAACAUUUGGAGAAGUUUAUAAAUGUCAAAAAAUUAUUGAUUUAAAAGAAUAUGCAGUUAAAAGAAUUUAUUUUAAAGUUAAAAAUGAAAAAUCAUUAAGAGAUCAUCCUAUUUUUAGAGAAAUUGGAUCACUUUAAGAAAUAAAUCAUAAAAAUAUAGUUAGAUAUUAUACUAGUUGGAUUUAAGAAUUAACUCCAGAAAUGAUAGCAGAAAUUGCAAAAUUACAUGAAAUUGUAGCUGAAUAAUAACAAUAAAUAUAUGUAGAAUAAUAAAAUUAGAAUCAUCCUUAAUUAUUGGAUGAGAUGUCUUAUUUGAAUGAAUAUGUAUAAUUUGUUGGUGGAGGUGAUAAUACAGAAAAAGAGAAAUAAAUAUAAACAAACACAAAAUAAUCAAAAUCAGUAUAAAGCUUUCACUUAUCUGAUUAUAGUAGUUAUGUUUAAUCUCGUAUGCGUCGAUAUUAAUUUAAUCCAAAUUAAAAAGAAGAGGAAUAUUAAUUAUUAACAUUGUAUAUUGAAGUAAUUUUAUAUAUUAUUAUCUUAGAUGGAAUUGUGUGAUUUUACACUUAAAGAGUUUAUUGAUAAAGUAGAGAGAAAAAUAGAAAAAGAUUUAAUUAAAUCUAUUUUUAAAUAGAUUUUGGAAGGUAUUAGUUAUAUGCACAGUAAUUAAUAUAUUCAUAGAGAUUUAAAGUAAGAUUAUAUAAUUUAAAAUGUAGGCCUUAAAAUAUAUUUAUAAAUUCAAAGAACUAAGUAAAAAUAGGAGAUCUUGGAUUAUGCAAUUCUUUAAUAAUUAAAUUAGAUGAUGAUUUUUAAUCAUCUGGAGAAUAUACAAAUAAUAUUGGAACUCCUAUGUAUAUGGCUCCAGAAGUAAAAGAUGAUUAAUAUGGUUCAGCUGCUGAUAUAUACUCAUUAGGAAUCAUAUUUUUUGAAAUGUUAUGGAAAAUAAAGACUUAUUUUGAAAAGAUCAGGUAAUUAUUAAAAUUAAAUUAAGAUUAAUAUAAGAUCUAACAAAAGAUUCUUUAUUACCUCCAGAUUUAUUUAAGGAAUAUCCUAUAGAAUCAGAACUAAUACUAAAAAUGGUAAAUAAGAAUCCAAAAAAACGACCAACUGCUUAAUAGGUUUUAGAUACUCUAAACAAAUAAUGAUAAUAAAAC